AUCAACAUUCGUAAAUCCUCUGUAAAACAUAUCUUACCGCCUUCAAGCUUCCGCAAAAUAAUCAUAACUGAAUUUACUUAUAUGAAUUAUGAGGAAUACAACUCUAACACUCCUGAAGAAAGAAAUGAAGAUAUUUUCAUUGUUGAUCAAAUUGCCCUUGCAAAUGCUCGAGCCUUACUAAACGAUGAUGAUGACAAUGAUAAUAUGAAUUGGAAUGAGGUUGAACCUGAAGAUUUUGACUCUUAUAGUAAUUCCUUUCAAACAAUACAUGAUGACAUAGACGGAUCUAUUGCAAAAAAGUCAUCUUCAGGCUAUCGUGCACAUUAUAUCUGCUCAGAAUGCUUUCAACAACAGGACGGACAUUUGUAUAAAAGACUAGGUAAAGGUCAAAAAAUCGUAUCAUGUACUGAACGUGGGAAACAUUGUGAUGAUACAAGUGACGCUCUAAAACAUAUCGGAAGAUGGGUAAUAUCCAUAGCAGAGUCAGGUAAUAAUAAGUUGCAAGAAAGACUUCUAUCUCUAAUAACUCCAACAUUAGCUGUUUUUAACAAUGAGACAAUGGAGGAAAACCUAUCAGAAAUGGAAGCGGAAAAACUUCCAAGUAAAUUACUUGUUAGAACAGCAUUAAGAAUGGGAAAAGUUGAAUCAAAUAAGUUAAAAAAGGAAAGGUCUCAUAUAGUAACUUUGGAAAAGGCUUCAAUGAUAGGAGAAAAAUUAGAAAGAGAAGUUUUAUUUUCACGUUCUGAAAUUCAACAAAAUAUUAGUCAAUUAGAAAACCUGAAUUCAUAUGAAAGUUAUUUCAAUGCAUUACCCAAAAUUAUUUGCAGUUUCUUUCAAACCCUCAUCACAGUACUACAACAACAAAAACAAAAUGUUGUUAAUAAAAAGAGGCUUCAACGUGGACUUCCUUCAAAAUCAUUCAAUACAAAUAUAAGUCAUUAUACUUAUACUCAACUUGAGAGUAUAAAGAAACAAAAAAGUAGACAAGUAGAUGAUCCUACUCACUUAUCAAUUAUUCAACAGUCUACUUCAUCAGCAUCACAACAGGUAUUAUUACCCUCUGAGAUUAACCAUCCAAGAAAGAUACGUCGCACUACUACAAAUGCAGAAAAAG